CAGAACGGCUUGUGUAACUUUGCAAACGUGCCAGAAAGUUUAAAAUCUCUCCUCCUUCCUUCACUCCAGACACUGCCCGCUCGCCGGGACCGCCGCGCCGCUCCCCGUCGCUUUCCAGAAGGACUGGGAAAGGGGAAAGACGGGUGCCACGUCCGAGGAGCUGCUCUGCCUGUCUAAAGGGUCUGCAGCCCACCGUUGGCACGGCUUUGUGGGUACUGAGAUAACGGGCACUCUGUUCCCCUCCCUGUUUAAAGAUUUCUGCCUCUUUCGCGUGAUUUGAGUCCCGUUUUAACUUUUUCUGAGAGCCAAGAUCUCCUGUAGAGGAGACAAUCCGGUGAAGAUGCGCUUCGCCUGGACCAUGCUCCUCCUGGGGCCGCUGCAGCUCUGCCCGCUCCUGCGCUGCGCCCCGCAGGCCCCUGGUCAGCAGCAACCGCCGCGCGAGCCACCGGCGGCUCCGGGAGCCUGGCGCCAGAGGAUCCAAUGGGAGAACAACGGGCAGGUGUUCAGCUUGCUGAGUCUGGGCUCACAGUACCAGCCGCAGCGCCGCCGGGGCCCCAGCGCCGCCGCCGCUGGAACAGACGGUGCCGCCGCACCGCAGCCGCGCACGCCGAUCCUGCUGCUCCGGGACAAUCGCACCGCCGCAGCACGGGCGCGAACCGCCAGCUCGUCAGGGGUCGCCACAGGUCGCCCCAGGCCCGACGCCCGCCACUGGUUUCAAGCCGGCUACUCAUCUUCUGGGACCCGCGACGCUGGCGCCUCGCGCGCAGGUAACCGGACGGAGCCAGAACAGCUCCCGGAGCUCAGUAACCUGCGGCCGCCCAGCCAUGUGGACCGCAUGGUGGGGGACGACCCGUACAACCCCUACAAGUACUCUGACGACAACCCUUACUACAACUACUACGAUACGUAUGAGAGGCCCCGGCCUGGGAGCAGGUAUCGACCCGGAUACGGCACCGGCUAUUUUCAGUAUGGUCUCCCGGACCUGGUGCCCGACCCUUACUACAUCCAAGCAUCCACAUACGUGCAGAAGAUGGCUAUGUACAACCUGAGAUGCGCUGCGGAAGAAAACUGUCUGGCCAGUUCAGCCUACAGAGCAGAUGUAAGAGAUUAUGAUCACAGGGUGCUGCUAAGAUUUCCCCAAAGAGUAAAAAACCAAGGAACAUCUGAUUUCUUACCAAGUCGUCCAAGAUAUUCCUGGGAAUGGCACAGUUGUCACCAACAUUACCACAGCAUGGACGAAUUCAGCCACUAUGAUCUGCUUGAUGCCAACACACAGAGGAGAGUGGCUGAAGGUCACAAAGCAAGUUUCUGUCUUGAGGACACAUCCUGUGACUAUGGCUACCACAGACGCUUUGCAUGUACAGCACACACACAGGGGUUGAGUCCUGGAUGUUAUGAUACCUAUGCUGCAGACAUUGACUGCCAGUGGAUUGACAUUACAGAUGUACAACCUGGAAACUACAUUCUAAAGGUCAGUGUCAACCCCAGCUACCUGGUGCCUGAAUCAGACUAUACCAACAAUGUUGUGCGCUGUGACAUUCGCUACACAGGACAUCAUGCUUAUGCCUCAGGCUGUACAAUUUCACCGUAUUAGAAAGCAAGCUCAACUCCCAAUGGAUAAAUCAGUGCCUGGUGUUCUGAAGUGGGAAAAAAUAGAUUAGCUUCAGUAGGGUCUACAUAUUUUGAAAAAAAAGAGAACAGAAAACAAAAAAGGAAUUUUUGUUUGGACUAUUUUACAACAAAGCAAAUAACUGGAUUUUGAACAUUUAAGUCGGAAUUAUUUAGAAAGUUUUAAAAUACUUCUUCACAAUACUUGUGAAUUAACACAAUGUUUCAAUUCCAUAGUUGCACAAUUGGCUCUUUCAAAGAAAUACAAAUGUCUUAUGUUCCUUUUGAAAUUCUGAUACAAAAGGGAAAAUAAUAUUUUGAAGAAUGAGCCAAAAUUGCUUUGAACUGAUUAUCCUCUAAAGUGCUGGAACUUGAGUGAAACAUAAUGGUAAUAUGCUUGUAGGUGUUUUAGUGUAGAUUAAUUUAGAAAUGAUGAUCCUACUGUUUAAACAGAUAUGGACACAUUUGGUGCUGAGGAAGGAACAAACACAUUACUGUUGGUGUCAAGAAAUAUUAUAUAGCAGAGGAAUGGCAAUAUAUGUAUCCAGAUAGUUACAUCCCUAUAUAAAAAUUAUGUUUACAGUUUUUAAAUUAGUAGGUAACUUUCUUUCUGUCAAGGGCACAAUUUCAUUCUGAUUUGAGUCAACUUUUGUUUUGGAAUGAAUUAGGUAAUUGAGCUGCCCGAUUCCGAUUCCUGUCUGUUAUUUGUUGAUGCUCCCUCCACUCUUAGUUUUUCUAUAGGCAGAGACAUUUUAAGUGGCAUUCUUAAAAUUAUCAUUCUGAGGACUGAUCUACAUAGCACAUCUGUGUAACUCGGAAGUCAUUCUGAUGAUAGCUAGGAUACAUCCAGACAUGAUAUACAUUUAAGCAUAUUGAAGUGUAAGCCAAAUUACAAUUUCCUUGCUGAUAUGAAAAUCAUACAAAAAGUCUCAAAAGCCACACUGUCUCUCAAAUAUUAAAAAAAAGAAUGAUGAAAAACAUGUUAGGAUUUUCAGCUUUUCUGCAUAUCUUAAAUUUUUAGCUAUUAAAAAGAGUAAUGCUAAAUAUCUUUAAAUUAUCCAGAACAGAUGAUAUAGUAUGUGUGCACUAUGGGAAAAUCAUGCUAGGUUAUUCAGAAUUGGUCAUACAUGUUUUUGUGUGUCUUAAAUAUAGUUCAGAUUAACAAGGCACAUAGCAUUACAUAUUUGAGGUAUGGAUAAGGGAAAAGAAAGUACUUUCUGCAAAACCAAGGAAUGCUCCAUAAUGAGACAGCUGUGAUUUUUAUUUUAAACUGUGAAACUGUGUGCAACAACAGAAUUUGGAAAAUCUGUCUUUU